AGCCAACCCAUGCUGCAGGUGUGUGUUGUCGCGGCGGUACCGGCCAUCGAGCAGUCUCCAACCAAACCUCAUCAUCAUCGGUCGUUGUGGAAACGCGCGUUUCUCCUUAGCGCUUCUCAGCAGCAGCAGCGGCAUAUCGAUCAAGCGUUUGCGAAAUUCGGGCGAUGGAAACGUCGUUUCUCUUCUGCCAGUGAUCAACUCAAUCGACUCAGAGACCCAAAAAAGUUCCAAUCAAAUUUGUGUUAAUUUAUCAAGAAAAAUUUAAAGAACUUGACGAUGGAUACCGAAUUGAUUGCCGUUUGCGCUGUGCAAAUCUUCGUCCUGGCUUUAGUGGUGAUGGCCAUUGUCGUCUACCUGCUUCGCAAUUUGAUGUGCCGAUCGCGUCUCGACGUCAUCGGCCGGACUCUGGUCAUCACGGGAUGUGAUUCCACUCUCGGCUUUGAUUUGGCUCGACGCUACGACCAGCUGGGCUUCCGAGUUUACGCUGGAUUCGACAACACUGCCGGAGAAGCGGCCGUCCGUCUCCAAGCCGAUGCUUCCAGUCGACUUCGCAUCAUUCCGCUCGAUGUCACGUGCACGUCGUCGUUAGCAGCGGCGGCUAAGUUGGUCAAGGAACAGCUUCCACCAUCAGAGAAAGGUCUGUGGGCAUUGAUCAACGCGGCAACUUACUGCGUCUGUGGAGAGCUGGAAUGGCAAACACAGAAGCACUGCGAGCAACAAUUCCGAGUCAACUACGUGGGUGUAGUGGAUUCCAUCCGCAUAUUCUUGCCGCUUCUCAAAUCCGGCAAAGGGCGUAUCAUCAACGUGGGCAGUUUGGCAGGCGGACACAACGACCCGGAACCUGGUCUUUCUAUUUAUUCCGGCACCAAACAUGCAGUUGAAGGUUUAUCAGAAGCUUUAAGAUUCGAGCUGGCGCGAGUCGGCGUCGACGUAUCACUCAUCCAACCUGAUGGUUCGUUCCUCGACAGAUGUCUGUUCGACCAGCACCACAAGAAGAUGAACGAAAUGUGGAACGAAAUGACCCCAGAACUGCGGUUGGCCAAUCAGGAGAUUUUUAUUGCCUAUCACGAUCGUGUGGCCAAGUCCAAGUCGGAGGAGCUCGAGAUGGACGAAUUGGAGAACGCCAACAGAGCUCAAGCCCCCACCAUACCUGUUUACCUGCGCCGAUGUUUCGACGACGCCCUGAUGACGAAAUCGCCAUCUGAUGUUUACGUGGCCGUGCCCGGCUGUGCAACUCGUUUCCGCAUCAGCCUCUUGUUUUGCAUACCAUCCGGAUUGAGGCAGUAUAUCGUACAACGAAAGUACAAGCACAACAUCGCCAACAUUCUGAAAGUGUAGAAGAUAAAAACAGAAAAUUGAAAUGCCGGGCAAAUGUCGAUGCAGUUUGGCUACGAAAAGAAGAGGUAACGCAAUUUUUUUGUAUAUUAGUAGAGGGCUGGAUGUCCCAUUUUGUAAUGUUCGUGUCUCUUAUCAAUACGCUCCGAAAAAGUAUUUACAACAUAACAUGUUAAACUUAAAAAAACGCUUUCCGGUGGAACCAUCCGGGUGGGCAAUUCAUAAUCUAAAAAAAGUGGUGAAAACAUGAUGUAAAGAACACACACGACACUUGGUGAAGAUAUUUGGCCGUUAUAUAUAUAUCUGAAAAUACAAUUAUAAUAAUUUGAA